AUGGAUAAGUCGCAGCUCCCCGCUUUUCUCAAUCCCAACAACUUCCCGGCCAAGCUGUGGCAGUUGGUGAACAGCCCGCGCUUCCGGUCCAUCUGCUGGAACGCCCGCGGCGAGGGGCUUCUCAUCGACCAGACGCUCUUCGAGUACGAGCUGCUGGGCGCCGGUCCGGGCCGUGCCACGGGGCUGGCUGACGAUCAGGCAUCCACCGAGCUCUUCAAGACCAAGAACUUCGCCAGCUUCAUCCGACAGCUCAACCUCUACGGCUUUCGCAAGGUGCUGAUGGGGCCGCCGGGCAGUGCAGCAGGGACCGAGCCUCAGCGGGGGCUGUGGGCUGGCAAUGGUGACGGCAAUGGCAGUGGCUCUGCCGGGCCCCUGCACCACUUCCAGAGCCCCCACUUUCGCCGUGACCGCCCUGAUCUCCUCGUGCACCUGAAGCGCCUCACGAGCGCCAACAAGGCGAAGCUGGCGGCUGGCCUGGAGGUGAACAGCCGCCCACCCAACCGCUCCCAGAGGCUGCAGGGCACAUCGCUGCACGGGGACACGCUGCAGACACCCUCGACACUCGGUAAGGCUGACAAGUCCAGACUGACGGCUGUAGGACAGUUCCAUCAACCUUGUCAACAGAGUUUCUCUCCUUACUCCAACGUACCAACUUCAUCCCAGAACCAAGGCGCUUUACUGACAAAAAGUUUAGAUCGCACUCCAGUCCCUCCCAGACCACGGCAGUGUUCUUUUGUGUGGAUUCCAGGCCAUGGGGCUAUCCCAGCUUUUCCAGGUCAAGGGCCUGCCUUUCCAUCACUCCGAAGGUGUUUAACAGAGGUCACGUACACAGUCAAGACUGUUUGCUCUAUUCUGCCGUUUGAGCAGUGGGCUCGAACCAUUGGCACUUCCCUUCCAAACUACAGCACCUGCGCAUCUUCAGUGCAGUACUCACAAGCCUCCUAUUCAACAGAGAAACUUAUGGAAUCUGAGGCUUUUGAAAACUCCAAUGAAUUCAUUAGUACUUCUGAGAAGGGUCCUCCAUUGCAGCCAUCUGAUGCAGCUGAACUUCUGCCCUCUGACUGGCUUUCUGAUCUAUCUGAUGACAAGAUUCCAGAAAUAGAUCUUGAAGCUGUGUUUCAGCUUGUUGAUGAGAUGCAGUCAUCAUUCAAAGAUGCAGCGGUGCAAGUGGAACCUCGGGAGAGCCAGUAUUCAACCCCUCAGUGUAACGGAGAUCAACUGCAGCUGGUUAAUAGCGAGGGUAGUGAUACACUGUCUUCUUCAACUGAGGAAAACCAGCUGGAAUUUCUUAGUUCUGUAGCUCCAGGUGCAUCAUUUAUGAUGGGAGCAGAACAAGCAGCACUUCAGCCUUCUGAAUUUCUUUGUGCUACCCCUACCAAUGCAUUUGUAGAAAGUGCUGUUGGUGAAAUAAUGCAAGAAUCUGUGAUCACACAGGAAGCAUGUAACGAACUGAGAGAACAGCCAUAUGACUACCCAGAUCCAUUCUCUGCAUUGAUUGCUGAGGGAGGACUGUUCGGUCCAGAGCAGGUGAAUACUAUUGUUAAUUAUGAAUACAGUACAUCAAAGACAGAAGAGAGUCAAUUCGCUUCAGGAACUGAGCCUGUGAACAACUCUGUGAAAGAGAUGGAUGCAUCUGUGAAAGCUAGAAGCAGGAAGAGGAAACACAGUUCAGACGAGGACAGCAACUCUGAUGUCUGCCUGCCGGUCCCCUGCAAGCGGCGGUGCUUCGGGAAGGGGGAAACAAGAGAGUGA